UUUCCCUCCCUCCACCCCUUCGCCCACCCAAAACCACACCAGAGUAACGAACCACCCGGCUCCAGCUCUCCUCUACUCUGCUUCUCACCUCACCUCAGUCCCAGACCCAGUAUAUAAUAGCCACACCACCUGAGCAUCCCCUUCCGUGCACGGUCCACUCCCCCCUGCCCCUGUGUUCCCAUGGCUCUCGCCCUCCGACCUCCCCGCUUCCAGCCGCUCUCCGCUUCCAUUUCCGUGGCAACCACCUCCUCCACCUCUUUCGCCACUUCCGCGAGGCCUUCCUCCACUCCCGCCGCCGCCAUCUGCGCCGCCGCCUCCUCGCCGUUCACCGAGGCCACUUCAUCCUCGCGGUACCGCCGCGACGCCUGGUCCUACACCGCCGAAGACUCCUCCUCCCCCUCCUCCACUUCCUCGUCCGCCGCUGCAGCAGCGGUGGCGGCGGCGGCGGCUUCGGGGCGCCGGGACGACGAGAUCGCGCUGCAGCUACCGGAGCUGCGGAGGCUCCUGGAGGUCCUGAGGGCUUCCAGAGGGAAAGGACUGGAAGAGGAGGGCGGCGCCAGCGGGCCAGGGAGGGUGGCGCUGGUGGGGACGGGGCCUGGGGACUCGGAGCUCCUCACGCUCAAGGCGGUGCAGGCCAUCGAGGCGGCGGACCUGGUGCUGUACGAUCGGCUCGUGUCCAACGAAGUGCUCGAUUUGGUUGGGGACAGCGCCAGGCUACUCUACGUCGGCAAGACGGCCGGAUACCACAGCCGCACCCAGGAAGAGAUUCAUGAGUUGCUCCUCAGUUUUGCGGAGGCUGGUGCCAGUGUGGUGCGGUUGAAAGGAGGCGAUCCUCUGGUCUUUGGAAGGGGUGGAGAAGAGAUGGAUUUCCUACAACAGCAAGGAAUUAGAGUUGAAGUUAUACCAGAUACAUGUAAUAUUUCGACAAUAAUUUUGGAUCGGAGGGAGUACUUAUUUACUUGUGUCCAAAAAUCUGCAGGAAUCACUUCUGCUUCGGGAAUUGCAGCUGACCUUGGUAUUCCACUAACCCAUCGAGGUGUUGCCACCAGUGUCAGGUUUUUAACUGGUCACUCUAGAAAUGGUGGGACAGAUCCUCUAUUUGUGGCAGAGAAUGCAGCUGACCCGGACACAACUUUGGUUGUGUAUAUGGGUUUGUCAACACUGCCAUCUCUUGCUCCGAAGCUAAUGAAGCAUGGCCUUCCACCAGAUACUCCUGCUGUUGCAGUAGAGCGUGGGACUACCCCUCAACAGAGAAUGGUAUUUUCAAUGUUAAAAGAUCUUGUGGAUGAAGUCAAAUCGGCAGAGCUUGUUUCUCCAACUCUGAUAAUCAUAGGAAAGGUGGUGGCCUUGUCACCCUUUUGGGUUGAAUCGUCUGAACAGGAUGCGCUGAAGAUUGAGAACUCUUACGCAGCUGAGACCACAAGAUAGCAGUACUCCUGAACCAAAUACUGAGUGAUCCCGAGCAACAUCAUCUUUCGGAUAUGAACCUUUCCAGUUCCCUGAAGACAGCAGGAUACAGGGAGUAUGAAUAUUACAGAAGACGUACAUAACAACCUCAGAGAACAGGGUUACACUUGAACUGGUGCUGAGAGUCGUGAUUUGGCCGAAUCUACAGCUGCGACAAAUCUUCAUUCUUCAGGCUUCAGCCUAGUUGAGUUUGGCCAAUACCAAUAUUUACAGCCUAACUGUCUGAUACGCUGUCUGUUAGGCUGUUAGCCGCUGUAUGUCAGCAUUUUCCUUAAAGCUCAUUUGUUCGAUUUGAUCACAAGUUUUUGAAUAAGAUUCAUGCUAGAUUUCACGUCUUUCCACUA